AAGAAUCGCUUUGGUUAUACCACUGUUCCUGUGGAUGAACUCAUGCCAAUUCAUCGCUAUGCCUCAUUUGAUACACCGCUUGUGGGUGUUCAGCUGACCCAAUUACAAGGUGGCCAGGCACUUGCAUAUUCGAUCACUCAUCGAUUAGCUGAUGGCGUGGCAUUUACCGAAUUUUUGAGCGCUGUGGCCUAUGCUUUGCGAAAUGAAAAAGUGCCGCCUAUCGAAAUGUAUUACGACUGGCAGCGUCCACCAUUGAAACCUAGUCCCAAGUACGACCACAGCAUUGAUUAUCCCGUGAUGAAAGAAAUCCCCGAACGGGUGAUGACUAUGGACCCUGGUCCCUCCAUGAAGCGCGUAAUUGCUAUUGCUGAAGACAAAGCUCAGGAACUCAAACGUCAAAUGAAACAAGAGAUGGCCGAUAAGGAUGUCAGGAUAUCAGUACGUGAUGCUAUUACGGCUUUCAUGUAUCGAGCCAUUGUCAAAGCAAGAAGGCUAAAGGGGCAAUGUAAUUUGGUCUAUGUGGUGAGCAAGCGUAACGCACAUCCAGAUAAACGGUUGUUGCAGCAUUUUGGAAAUUACUUUGUUGCGGUUACUGUUCCUGGAAAGCAUGAUGAGGUGAUCCAUAGCCCCAUGGUAUCCAUUGCACAACGCAUCCGUGAGCAUGUUGACAAGGUGAAUCCUGAAUACAUGGAUUCAUUGGAAUACUAUCUUAAUAAUCUCGAGGAUCCAAGCAAGGUGUAUCCACCCGUGCAUCGAAUGACAGCUAAAGAUGUGAUGUGGUCCGAUGGGAGUCGAUUCCCUUUUGGCUACGAUGUCGGAUAUGGAAAACAUAGCAGUGUGACCAGGAGUUGGAGUGAUCCUGUGCCGAUGGCAGUGGUUGCAAUCGCGCCUAAUUAUAAGGGUGCAUUUGAGUUGGUGGUCCAAUUGGAUCCAGAGAGCAUGGAACGAUUGAUGAAUGAUAAGCAAGUGCAAUACUAUACACUUGGCGCUUUUUAA